CGGUUUACACAACGCGAAGACUAGAUUGUUUAUUUUUGUAUUAUAUCUUUGGCUUCUUAAAAACCACACUUUUGCUUUUAUCUAAAAUUUAUAAAAAUUUAUUUUUAUGGAAAUUGAAAUCCAGUUAAAUGAAUAAAGUUAUUCAAUCGAUUAAUGAGUUCAGUAUAAGAGUUUGAGACAAAUCAGUUUGCAUUUGUUGCAAUUUAAACGAUUAACAAAAAAAAGAGUUUCAAAUUUCACUAUAAUAAAAGAAAAACUUUAUUAUUUCAAACCAGGUGAAUGUGAAUUUUAACAAUAAACAAUAUAUAAAACGACAAAAAUAAAACUGCUGUUUUCACUCUUUCGGAUCAAAGUGCUUCUUGUAUUAUCGUUAUAGUCGACUUAGUAUUGUGAAGUUCUUCAAGACCAUAGAACGAUUUCUAACUUCAUUAUGAGCGACACAGGCAUGAAUCUCUCUCCUGUCCAGGAGUUUUAUAAAGGUCAAACGAUCUUUAUAACCGGCGGAACAGGAUUCAUGGGAAAGGUUCUCAUUGAAAAGCUGCUAUAUUCAUGUUCCGAAUUGAAAGAAAUACUAAUUCUUAUGAGACCCAAACGAGGAAAAGUUCCCGAAGCCCGAUUAGAGGAUAUGUUCAAGCUACCGAUAUUUAAUCGAAUCAAAGACGAAAAACCAGAAGUGUUAAAGAAACUGGUCCCGGUGCAGGGUGAUGUUACUUUCGAUUGUUUGGGUCUGAGUGGCGAACAAAUGACCCGAGUCUGCCGAGAUGUAUCAAUUGUGUUCCAUUGUGCAGCUACAUUGAAAUUAGAAGCAAAUUUGAAAGACGCAAUAGACAUGAAUACAACUGGAACGAAACGUGUCCUCGAUUUGUGUAAAAAAUUUGAAAAUCUGAAAGCUCUCGUACAUUUGUCGACAGCAUUUUGUAAUUGUGACCAAGAGGUUAUGCGCGAAAAAGUUUACGACUGUCCACAUAACCCAGACGAUAUAAUGCGAAUGGCCGAGUGGAUGGAUGCCAAGGCACUGGACAACAUAACGCCCGGUUUAUUGACCCCACAUCCAAAUACAUACACCUAUUCAAAGAGACUGGCAGAAAUAUUGGUGCAGAGAGAGUGGCCGAAUAUGCCGGUUGCAAUUGCACGACCAUCUAUUGUGUCACCAUCAUGGGAAGAGCCGGUUCAAGGAUGGGUGGACAGCUUGAACGGUCCGAUUGGAGUUAUGGUUGGUGGAGGCAAAGGUGUAAUUCGCUCUAUGCUUUGUGAUCCGGAUAAUCUUUCAGAGGUAAUACCAGUUGAUAUAGCUAUCAACUCAUUAAUUUGUAUUGGUUGGAGAAUUGGAACAUGGACUGAGACUGCUAGACCUAAAAACGUACCAGUUUUCAAUAUUACUUGCUGUGAAAGUAAGAAAGUUACAUGGCGAUUCGUCUUGGAUGAAGGAAAGCAAUUGUGCUAUAAAUACCCAUUCGAAGCCGGUCUGUGGUAUCCUGACGGCGACAUGACAACGUCGAAGUUUGUUCACACAUACAAAUUAAUUUUCUAUCACUGGCUGCCAGCUUAUUUGAUUGACUUUUUAAUGCUGUGUUUCGGUCAAAAGAGAUUUAUGUGCAGAAUUCAAACGCGAAUCAGUCAAGGUUUGGAGUUGCUUCAGUUCUUUACCACUCGCAAAUGGGACUUCAGGACCGAACAAUUUUAUGCUGUUGGUAAACAGUUAUCGGAUAGGGAUCUAGAGAUUUUCAGCUUCACCGUGCUCAUGGACGAAAUUGACUUGCUCGAAUACAUGAAACGUAGUCUGUUGGGCGGUCGACAGUAUUGUUUGAAAGAACCAUUAACUUCAUUACCGAAAGCACGAAUGCAACUUCGAGUACUGUACUGCUUGGACCGAUUUAUGAAGUUUUUGUUGCUGGGUCUUUUCUUCUGGGCUAUAUACAGAAUUUUCGAUUUGAAAACAUUUUUCGAAAAUCGUAGCGGUGAUAAUCUUGGCUAUCUUAAGGCGAAUUAACCGUUGCACACCGUUAUAAAUAGAGAUACGAUCAGAAGAUGAAUAAAAUGUUGCUCAACAGCGAAACGAGUUUCCGUGAUAAAAUUGCUUGAAUACGAAUAUCAGUAUUUUGUGUUUAUAUUUAACGCCUGAAUUUAUGUUUUCAU